GUUCUCUAUGAAGUCGUCGACCAGCCACCCACCAUCCUCAUCACACUGGCUCGCGACGACACCGCACGCCCAGGCGCAACCCGAACGUACGACGGUAGGUAAGUGCUCGACGGACGGAAAUAGAAGCAACGAUUGAAUUACUACAGCCUGCGACGAGCCCCCGCGUACCGAUCCCCCCCCCCCCCCCAAGGCCCAUCGACUCGUCAUCUGGCACUGGACGCGGACCCAACAGGCUGAACCGUCAAGCACUUCAACUGCCGUCCUGUCCUUCGCCUGAUCGGUCCAAUUCGUCCAUUUCCCGCGCCAUAGGCGGCCCGAUAGACACCGCCGAAUUUAAUCCAACGACGCUGGCGUCUGAGAGUCCUGUGUCGUCGAGACUCGACACUCAUCACCACCCACCACCCCCGUCACGGGAUCAUCUGUCCCCGUCGCGCCACCACGGCCCGCCGCCAAGCUUGCACACAGGCCUGAGUUGUCGUUGAGCCGGAGCCAAUUGCCACGCCGGGCACAGCUAGACCAGGGGUGUGCCAAUUCGCUCCGUUGGCUGGUCUGCAGGCGAGGUCCUGCUAAAGGCGCGGGCCUCUUCCACUCGAUCGUGCUAGUUAAGCGCCCAGCUACCUCGUCGCCCAACGGUAUUCGCUGGAAACCCCGUGUUCGAGCGACGGAGCCCUUAGGCGGUACUUGUACACCCGUGCUGCCAGCCAUCCUGCCCUUCGCCUGCCCGCCGCAACUCCGACGUCCUCGGCGGCAACCGCUUUCCCUCAAUCGUGACUCCAAUUCACGACUUGACGUGAGCGACCUGGCUUCUUGCGAGCUGCUCUCGUCGCCCAUCGACCGACUUGUAGCACAGCAUCUGCGCCCAAGUGUCAAGCCAUGUCGCUGAAGCAGGAAAUCGAGACAUGGGUCGCGGCUCUCGGCCGCUACGACAACAAUGAAUUCGACGAUGCGCUCGGCGAAUUCGACAAGAUUGCUGAUACAAGCAAGAUUCUCUUCAACAUGGGUGUCAUCCAUGCGACGCUGGGCGAGCAUGAGAAAGCUGUUGAAUGUUAUCAACGAGCCAUUCGACUUGACCAGUAUCUUGCCGUCGCGUACUUCCAACAAGGAGUGUCCAACUUUCUCAUUGGCGACUUCGAGGAGGCACUCGCCAACUUCAACGACACCCUGCUGUACCUCCGAGGCAACACCAUGAUCGAUUACGCACAGCUUGGUCUCCUGUUCAAGCUGUAUUCAUGCGAAGUGCUUUUCAACCGCGGGCUGUGCUACAUCUACUUGCAGCAAAGGGACGUCGGCAUGCAGGAUCUGUCGUAUGCCGUCAAGGAAAAGGUGGUUGAGGACCACAACGUAAUUGAUGAGGCGAUUCGUGAGGAAGCAGAGGGGUAUACUGUAUUCUCGAUCCCGGUGGGCGUGGUGUAUCGACCCAACGAAGCCAAGGUGCGAAAUCUGAAGACCAAAGACUAUCUCGGCAAAGCAAGGCUGGUCGCAGCAUCAGAUCGGUCCAACGCCUUCACCGGCUUUGCAGGAUCCGAGAUCAAGAACGCGGGCAAAACCGAGGUUAAGGACGACAGGCCUGCUGACAAUAUCUCAUUCGCUGCAACCAACCUCGUGAAGCCUGGAAUUCAAUCUCGAAGACAGCAAUCGGAGCCGCCCACGAAUCGCAACGUUUUCCCUCCGACACCGCCGCCUGAGAACGACCGACCGAGCAGGGGCGCGUCUGUCCGCAACGGACCAAAGCCGAUGCCCGCCAAGCUGAGCAUUCCCUCACAGGAAUCCAAUCGCAGGUACGAAAAGGCGCCGUCUCCGGAAGACGGUAGGGCCCGGCCCGCGCGGUCGGCUUCUGCUGCCCCAGCACGCGGCUACUCGCAGCGAGAUCCGGUCCAGGCGCCGGCGCCCCUUCAAAGAAGCUCUCCGCUAGCACGAAGACCGACCAGAACAAUCGACGAGGAAGAGGCGUACCCCGGCGAGCUGUACGACAUGUAUCAGACUGGCGGUGGAUCGCGCAACUCGAGAGGGAGCAGAAGCACGAACCGGAGACCGCAGCAGCGGUACAUCGAAGAGGAGGACGAAGGGUCGGAUUAUGAUGAUGGAUCGCUGGACGAACCCGAAUUCGAGAUGAUUUCCAACAACCGCCGUGUCCCGGCCUCCUCAUCUGGGUCUCGCGCCGCAUCUCGACGCCCAGAUAUUCGCAAAGUUCGGGUCAAGGCUCACUCUGACGAUGUCCGGUACAUCAUGAUUGGCACCGCCAUCGAGUUCGCCGACCUCGUGGACCGUGUGCGCGAAAAGUUCGGCAUGCGGCGACGGUUCAAAAUCAAGAUCAAGGAUGAGGACAUGCCGGAUGGUGACAUGAUCACAAUGGGAGACCAAGACGACCUGGAGAUGGCCCUACAGAGCUCGAUCAACUCUGCCAAGAGACAACGCUUGGACAUGGCCAAGAUGGAGAUUUGGAUUUUCGAGGUUUAGACGUCAUCUGAUACCCUACCGCGCCUUGGUAGCGCGUCGGUUGGACGUCGCAGUCCAGCCACUUCCGUGUAACGACGCAAUGGCCUCAGCAUGUGUUUUCUGAGCAUAUAAUCUCCUAAAACGCUCACCCCGUCCCCCGCAUACGCUUUUGUCUUCUUAUUCUUCUUUAGUUGUCAUUAUCACAUAGCAUUGCAAGCUGUUUUGCAUUUUCAUUGGCCACGCGGUUAGAGAAAGGGGCCACGGUCCAAACAAGUUGGAGCGGUAGCAUCCGCAACACUGUUGAUGCUAAGCUCAGUCCAUGACGGGGCUUUGUUGCGAGCGAGAGGAAGGAGGCAACCUCAUGAGGAACCGCUCAUUAUUGUCGGCGGUUGUUUGAUUUAGAUACUUUUGGUAUAUAACAUUAUAGCAUGGCCAUAGUUUGCCCGCACUUAUGGACAGGGCGAUUCGUUCAUGUCGGUUUAGCAUCAUGACACACCGUCAGCCGAAUUCAAUCUUGGUG